AUGGGUGCGAUUGUCGAGGACAGACUGGAUUCCUUGCUGGCAGGGGAUCAUUCUGAUUUCACACAGAAAAGAGCUGCUAUCCUCGAGCCAGCCUACGAAUCGUAUCUCACAUCCACAAAUUUUCGCCAAGACUCACCCAGUCCCUCUUCAAUAGACCUGCUUCCAUCAUCCGAGGUUGUUGUCUUGAUUUCGCGCUGCCCUGAGACUGAAGCAGCAACCGACCUGUACAUCACCAAGCUAUCAGACUCCUUUGCGGAGAACUUCAUAGGAUACUGCCCCGAAGAGAAAUGUGUCGUGUUCAAGGGUGAGGAAGGGUUGGUAUACGACUUCAUAGACUUUAUCGAGUCUGUCGCGGGUGAAAAAGAAGUCACGGUGGUCCUGAAGGCCCCAGAACAAAUUCGGAUCCCUCUUGGCGGACUAGAAAAUGGCCUAGAGUAUGAGGAAUUUGUGGCUCGUGUCGAAAUUCUCGAGUGCGCUCUAUGGAUUGGAAACUCGCCGAGCGAACAGGAAGAAGGUGGAAUCCGGUUCACCAGAGUUGCUACAGACCCUAAACUUCUCGAGCCAGUCACAUCCAAUCGAAUGCCAACGCCCGAAGGGCUGUCAGACAUAAACUCGACCAACAUCAGGAGCCCUGUGACGGGUGCCUCAUCUCCUUUAUCAGACGCUCCACCAUCUCCUUUGAUUCAUACUCCAUCAUCCCCUCUAUCUGAACCUCCCUCUGACAUUGAUGAAAUUUCAUUAAACAACUGGGACGACCUCUAUGCAUCAUCGUCUUCUUCGUCUGAGGGUGCCGAGACCCCUCCCUCACGCCGGGAGUGGGAGUAA